AUGGAUAUCGACGAGGAUGAUGAUCUCUACCAGCCCGAAGAGCCUAAGCUCGAGAGCGCACCUGUCGAGGAUAACAAGCCCAAAGCAGACGACUUAGAGGAAGGCGAAGAAGAGGAUGAGGGCGCGGCCAUGGACGAAGAUGACGACGACGAUGAUGACUCUGAUAUCGAUAUUAUCACAGAGCGCAAAGACGGCACGAAACCAGCUCCUCCGCAACAGUCUAAAUAUAGCGACAUCCGAAAUAUUCCUCAAAGAACAGCUUCAAAUGAUAUGCCUGCACAGCCAGCACCAGUUAGGAAGGAAUCAGAAUCGCGGGCUUCACUCAACGUAGCUGCACCAAGCGCCGACAAGACUUCGGCUGCGGCUUCGAAAUCGACGAUCGACGUGAACGUGAACCCUAUUCAUCCUGGUACAGGGAAACCUAUCACCCAAGUCAACAUUGAUGAAGACAGUGACAAGCCAUGGCGAAAACCCGGUACAGAUAUCAGUGACUACUUCAAUUACGGCUUCGACGAAUUCACAUGGGCACUCUACGCCUCCAAGCAAGAGACUGUUAGAGGCGAGUUCGGAGCCGACGUCUUCGCACAGAACAACAAGAAGAUGAUGGAAGACUUCAACAUGAUGAUGAUGGGCGGCAUGGGUAUGCCAGGCGGCGGUAACUCUGGAGGCCAGCAAGCCGGUAUGUCUGGCGGCAUGGAUGGUAUGCCUCCCGAGAUGCAGGCUAUGAUGCAGCAGAUGAUGGCCUCGGGUAUGGAUCCAAGCCAAAUGGACCCCAGUCAGAUGAACGCCAUGUUCUCCGGCAUGCAAAACGCUGGAGGAGCCGGCGGUCAAGGCGCACAGGGCGGUCAAGGGGGCAAUUUUAGUGGCGGUUUUGGUGGCAACCAAGGCGGUUUUGGAUACGAUCAAAAUAUGUCGGGAGGUGGUGGCCGAGGCGGGUUUGGAGGCCGUGGACGCCGUGGGCGAUGGUAG